GGUGCAUUUUUUCAUUUUAUCCCAUAAGUACAUAACAGUCAAAAAGCAGAGUUAUAUUGUUUAAGGUGUUAUCCAUAGCAUGUAGUUAUGAAUUUAUUUCUAUUAGCAGUUUUUCUUAAAUCUUAAAGGUCCGUUACGAAUUUCAAGGUGAUAGGCCUGUUGGUGAUAACAUAUCCGUGGACUUGACUGUGUGUCAAAGCAUUGUUGAGCAGGGGGGUUGUGAAGUUCUGAAACCCUCCGUGGGAACGUGGAAGACUGCGCCUGCUUUCUUAAUAUUUUCCUUGAGAGUCUUACUGGAAGGGGUCUCAGGCUGGAGUCUGUUGGGAUCGGUGGGCGGCACCGGGACCGGGACAUCCUGGAUUGCGCAAUGGAGAAGGAGAAAAUAAGUGGGGGGCGUAAAAUGUCUGGUAGCCCUGAGAAAAGUGUUAGUGCUCAGGAGCUGAAAGAACAAGGGAACAGACUGUUUCUGAGCAGGAAAUACCCGGAAGCCAUAGCUAGCUACAGCAAAGCGAUUAACCGCAAUCCAUCUGUUGCAGUAUAUUACACGAACAGAGCCCUUUGUCACCUGAAAAUGCAGCAGAUUGAUAAGGCGCUGGCAGAUUGUAAACUUGCCCUUGAAUUAGAUUCUCAGUCUGUGAAAGCACAUUUCUUCUUGGGCCAGUGCCAGCUGGAAAUGGAGAAUUAUGACGAAGCCAUAGCCAACCUGCAGAGAGGUUUGGCUGUUUCUAAGCAAGCCAUUUCUUCAUUAAUCUCUAAGGCCAUUUCCACUGCGUCUGUAAAGGCUCAUUCUACCAGAGCUGUGGCUUCCUCUAGUGCUUUCUUCAAAGGAUUGGAUACCAGUUCUAUCCUUGGAGCUGCUGCUUGGACUUCUGUCCAUACCUUUAUUAAGCAUUACACAUUGGAUGUUUCCAGAAAUGUGGAUGUGAGUGAACUUAUUGUUGACAUGAAACAGUUUAUUAGAAAUGUUGCUUUAGCAUUGCAGUUUAAGAAUGACAAUACUGCUGAUAAUAGUGUUCAGUUUAAGAAACCUUCUGUGUAUAUACCAUCUUCACAUCCAUUAUUAGAAAGUUUUGAAAAAGCUUGCAUGAAUGAUUUUUUGCUACAAUUUGAGAAUACUAACACUAAACCUGAUUUUUUUAAUUUAACAAGAGAAGAAAAAAUAGCACUAGAUAAUUUAAAAAAGAAUACAGAUAUAGUUAUCAGACCUGCUGAUAAAGGAGGAGCAACUGUGGUUCUAGAUAAAACUUAUUAUGAUAUGAAGAUUACAGAGCUACUUAGUGACAAUAGCACUAAUAUUCCACUUGAUUCUAUAGGUUUAGAAAAACCUAUUAAAGCUAUGCAUGCUGAUUUAUAUGACAUGCUUAUAGAGUUAGACGAAUGCAAGAGGAAGCAAAUGGAGGAAAAUCCUGAAGAUAGCAGAAGCAGGACAGAACUUGCUAAGAUUGAAUCCAAACACGAUAAAUAUCUUGCUGAGAUGGAUGAGCUUUUCUCUCAGGUGGAUGAGAAAAGAAAGAAGCGUGACAUCCCUGAUUAUUUGUGUGGGAAAAUCAGCUUUGAGUUGAUGAGGGAGCCAUGCAUCACACCUAGUGGCAUCACAUACGACAGAAAGGAUAUAGAAGAGCAUCUACAGCGAGUUGGACAUUUUGACCCCGUUACACGAAGUCCUCUUAUGCAAGAUCAGCUGAUCCCCAACCUGGCUAUGAAGGAAGUGAUUGAUGCAUUCAUAUCAGAGAAUGGUUGGGUGGAAGAUUACUGAAUUGUGUUGAACAAAAAUAUACCUCACUGGACAUGCACUUUACCACUCUAGGCCAUAGCUAUGGUCAGUGGUACACUAAUUUUCUUUUCUGCUCCGUGUAUCAUACACUGACUUUUAAGACCAUGGGGCAGUCUAGAAUCUGUAAUUUAUUGUAAUGCGUGUAUUAUCUUUGAUUUUUGUCUAUAGUAACAAUAUUUUUUUCACAGGUGACUUAAUACAUGCAGAGUUUGUGAAAGGGUGUCUUGCCUGUGUACCCUUGAAAAACUGCCACAGCCUUGCUGCUGCUCUUUUAGCAAUAUCAUUCAGGUGUAACAAAGUGUCUGAUGGCUGGAUCCAUCUUCAGUCACCCUUAGGUCUAAAGCUACAGGUGUUAGGAUAGCCAAACACACACGACUUUUCCCAUGUUGUUUUCCCUCUGCUAUCUCGUAAUGUACUGCAUUAGUUCCUUUGUCCAUCUGUUUGUGGCUGUGUUUUGCUCAGCAUUGGUUUCCAGAUGGCCCAGACUACAUAUAUGUGUGUGUAUAAAUUAUCUUCUUUGUUGAAAGGCACUUUUUGUCAUCGCUUUAAUUUCAUGAGCAACUCUUUUCUCCUACAAGUAGGGUUAUUUUAUUACUGCUGUACCCCUUUGGGCUUUGGACAGUUUCCUUUUUUUGUAAAUUAGUUUUUUAAUAUUUGAAUUUUAUCUCCCUCUUUUUUGUCUGCGAGAAAUUAACUUUCUUACUGCAGUUUUUGAUAGCUCAUUAUUCCUUUCAUUUCUUAGCACUGUGAGUUUUACUGCUCAUAUUCCCACCUUUGCUGGGGGAACUCCUUUCAGCAUUUUUUUUUUUGGCUGUUACCAAAUAUUGUUAUUUGUGUUUAUUCUCAUGCAGCUUUGGAGUCUGGAAUUCACAAGUGUCCUUAUGGGGAAAAGAGUACCCUCAAGGCAAUCACAUGUAGGUGCCUGUUCUGUCUGGGCAAGGGCCAUCACACUGAAAGAUGCGAUAUCUGUAAGAUUUUCACCCCAGCCUUGUAAUUGUCAGUUGGGCACUGAACCUGUCACCUUUUGGCCACUGUCCCGAGACUAAUAAACUUUGAAAGUUCAAAAGGCACUGCCAUUCAUCUUCAGUCUCUGAGAAGGCUAACUUAGCUAUGGAGCCUCCAGUUAAGCAGACUGCCAUGCAGGUGGUAGACUACAUAGUCUACAGUUCUUUUGAGGCUUAGCUCGUAGAAUGGCUGGCUUUCUUACUGGUUCUGGCUUCCUUUCCUUUGGAGUCCAUGUCAUAGAGGCUUGAGUACCAGCACCACCAGUACUGAGUUGUGACUCCACACUGCUGAUUGCUUUUAUGCUGGAUAUUCUAUUUUUGUCAGGUUGUGAUGGUCUGGCAGCUUUAAUCCACCUUAGUGUGUGUUCCUCCCACACUUGCCUGCUUCAUCAGCAGUCGGAUUGGUAUAACUUGCACCCCCCCACCUCGUACUGGCAGGUGAGUCCUGGGGAAGGGGAGAGCGUGAACCUCAGUGAUGCCACAGCUAAUCACAGGAGCAUAGUAGUUAGGUUGCUUGCCAUGAAACCCUUUGCUUGCUGGCAUUGCACAUUUGUAGUCCAUAAGGCAUGACUUUAGAAAUAUCCUACCCCAUUCUCAAGGUUGCCAUCCCAUUCUGUCAGUCUGGUGACCAUUCUAAGCACCAGUGUCCACAGGAGGUGCAAGUAAUUGUCUGCCUCGACCAAGCCUGUAUGGUAGCUCACCCCCCCCCCCCCAAGAAAAGGAUGAGCAAACAAAGUCUUGUCACUCCUUUUCUUUCCACAUUGGAAGUGGCAGGUGCCUGAUCCACUAAUCGGACUGGAGCUAUAGGUGGGACUUCCUCCUCCUGCACCAACGGAGCUGGCUUCAAUUGGUUGGUGAUUUGGAUAAUGGGAGGUUGGUGGGGACUGUGGUAGUAGUGCAGCAUCAUUUGGCCUGAACAUUGCUUCUAUGCUGGGUCUCAAGUUGGCGCUCAAUCUGCCCUUUUGUCUCCUGGAAUUUGGAUUAUUCCUUCUUGAUGCUCACUUUUGCAGCACCAACUACAUUUAAGUCAGCAUUGUUGUUUAUAAUGCCAAUAUUGAUGGGUCCUCUUACUGUGGCUUUUGUUCCCCCUCUGUUCCUCAUCAGAUGCUGUUUGGUUAGGUGGGAUGUUGACAUUGAUUCAGGAUCAACUGUAUUUGUCUCCAGCUGGACUCUGUGCUUCUCCAGUCAGGGUUUGGGAGCUAUUAUUGGUAUAGCAUCUUAUCUCUAUACACAAAUGUUGAUUUUACUCCCUCCUCCUGGUGGUAUACUUGGGUAUGUUGCCCUGGCACCAGUUCACCUUUUUUCUGAAUCCCUUGCCUUCAGUCUUUGACUAUAUGGGCUUCCCAUAGUGUCCAGUUUGCUUUGGUUUCAGCUGCAGCCGUGAUCUGGCCUCUUCUGUAGCUCUGCUGGCCUGCCAGUUUCCUAGGGAUAACAGCAGGGCUAAAGCUUGUAAGAGAAGUCAGGCCAUCUCCUUUCGGACCCAAGUUUUCCCCUUUAUCCUUAUGUUCAGGAUCACUCCCCCUGGGGCACAAAGGAAAGCUAGGUGCAAAAGGAAGCACCUUGACUUCUGUAUGGAGCCUCCCACACCUGACCUAGAUAAGCUGGACACAAGCUCUCCAUCAUUCUUUCCUUCCCAUGGCUGACCCCACAUUUGAAGAGAUCCUGGAAUUAAUGUGCUGGAAGUGGGGUAUGGCUUUGCAGACCUCGUGUCCUCCUCGGAAAGGGCUCUUCAGAAGACUUUCAAGUCUGUCAGAGAAGUCUUUAUGGGUGUUUCCUGUGGUAGUGCAUAUUGUCAGGAUAGCUACCAAGACUGCCAAGGUCACCUGUGGCAAAGUGUCUGAUGCCCUGAAGAAGGCCAGAGUGUUGCAGCUUCCCAGGCUCCAUGUCUUUUGGCUGUGGACUCCCAAGUCAGAUACUUAGUCCCACUCCUACUGUUCAAGAGCUGAUCACUCCUGAAGCCCAUUUCUGCACAUUUAUCACUUGCCCUAAGGGUGGUAUCACACCUAAGUCACGACGAAGUUCACGGCAUUUGCCAGAUGAGCAGAAUAAUCACAAGUCUUACCCAGUCAUUUAUACUUUCAACAGUGACCAACCUUAAAUAAAGCCCUGGCUAAGACUCAGGCAGUCUGUGUUCAUUUAGAUGCUUGGGCAUCUGACAGUCUUGUAAGGGAUGAAUGGCAUACUUAUCCUGGGGGAGAGACUGUGUCUGAUGUUUCUUUGCUAGGUUCUUGUAGAGGCUGAACCUCAGAGAGAUGUUGAACUUUGUGGAAGGUAGCAUAACUGCCCCAGGGUUGGGGCAAAUGCUCAAGUUAUUCUCUGUUGUCUACCCAUCAUGACAGUGUUUUCAGCACAUGGGAGUGGAACUUUGGGCAAGAAAAACUCUGCAAGCCUGAGUACGAUGAUUCCUGUAUAACCCUGUCUCACUCCUGGUGCCUGACAAACUUUUAGCCCUGUCAGCCCGUGCAUAGAGAAGGAUUUCAUGCUUGAAGUGCUCAUGGUAAGGAACAACCUCAGACAUAUUAUCUUUGUCUGGAUUUCCAUUCAUUCAGUCUCCACAUCCUGGGACUCAGCAUUGGAAGUCCUGACAUUUUAAACAGUUACUGUUCGUUACACUUCUUUGCAGAUGGGGAAGCCCUGAUGUGAUCUGACUAGUGCUAAGUGCAGUGACUUCUUCCUAUCACCAAAGAACCCUUGACAGAUGAUGUAGGUCAUUCGAUGCUGAUGUAACUUCUUUCCACUUUCCCCCUUCAUUUGACUGCAUUUGUCUAUAAAGUGAGGCUUCUCAAGGCCAAGGUCAUCCUUGCUGUCUUGUCAAGUCUGGCUGUCCCUUUUGCUGCCUCAUUUGCUGGAAAAUCCAUUUUUUUCUAAGACAGCCAAAAUCUUACUGUCAUGCUAGUUAGAUAGGUUUUACUUGAGUAUCCAUUUACUACAGCCCACAGCUUGGUUUUUGCUGCUCCUAUAGUUGUUAAUAAUUAUUCCUUUUUGGAGAAGGCUAUUUCAGACAUUUCUGCAUCCCAGAAACCAACAGAAAGAAAACUGAAAUAAAUGGACAGAAACCUCUUUGUGAACCAGUACCUCAUUUUGACCUCUCUCUUUUAUACUGCAAAAGUUAACUCGAGCUCCUUUUUGGAUCAGCUACUUCAGUGUAGCUCAGAUCUGUUCCUUGGAUAAUUGUCUUUUUAGUAGCUGUUAUUUUUGGUUGGAAGAUAUCUGAGAUUUAAGCUGAAUCUCCUUACUUGGUCUGUUACAAGAACCAUAUCUCCCUUCAAACUAACCUUUCCUUUGUACUGAAGAUGGCUCUGGCAUUCUACUUGAAUCAGAUUAUUCAUUUGCCUGUUUUUAUUUCUUAAGUUACGCUACCCAAAGGUAGUAUAUCUUACCCCUGCCUAGAUGUUAACAGGCAGUUUAGAUAUGUGGACAUUCUUGGAUGUUUACCUCUCUUAUACUUUUAUGACGUUGGGCCAAAAGAUUUUCAAAGUCACCUUAUCCAGAUAGUUUUCUCUCUGCAACAUGAUUUGCUGUUACUCUUGACGCUUGGUGUUCCUAAGACCCUUACCAAUAAGACCUUGGUCUUUUCCUCCUUCAGGAGUGCUUUGGUGGACAGUGUCUUUAUGGCUAUUACAUGGUCUUCCUUAAACACAUUUAUUAAGACUUCUAGGUUGACUGUGUUUACGAAUCUGGAACCACUGUGUUGAGGGAUAUUUUGUCCCAGGACAUUCCAUCAGGAAGGUUACUGAGGAAGGACCUACUUCUAUAAGAUGUGAAAGCUAAGUACUUACAAUGACAUUUGAUGUGUAAUAAGUGUGUCCAUUCUCAGUAAUGACUUUUCCCUCCUUAGUACUUUUGUGGGCUUAGUUCUUGAGUUCUAGUUGUCUCAGAUGACUACCUUUUUUGAGAAAGAAGGUGUUGCAAUGUAUUAUGAGAUAUGGAAGAAGAGCAGCCACUUGGAAGCGUUUGGAGUGCCAAGUAAUCCUAAUGUCUGCAGCCUUGGUCCUAGAAGUUACUGAAGAUGAUCCUACUCCAACAAGGUCUAUCAUUACGGUAAACACACAACUCUCACUUUGAGGAAGUUAGUUUUGUACUUCCCUUUUUGGUUCACAAAAAUCAUAUAAGUUGGCAAAAUUUAAAAUGUGAAUAUUUAGGAAUGAGAAGGUAGUCUGGAAUUAUGUUAAGUUCGGAGUUUAAAGUUACAAAGUCCUGGAGUUUUUGGAUUUACUUUCAUAAAGCUAUUUAUAUCUUGCUGUCCUUUGUGUAAGGCACAGACUUUUUAAACAUCUGUUGCUUUACCAAUUUGAAUUCUUAUCAAAUAAUUAAGUCUGAGGACAGUUUUACCAUAUUUUUCUUUCUAUACAUUGUGCUUGACAUUUUAAUCUAGUACAACAAAGGUUUAAGAGUGGGAAGAUCUAACUGGAGACUGGUGUGUCUCCUUGCUUUCAGAUCUUUGUUAAACUGUGAGGCAGCACACAGAAUGUAUUGUUUAGGGCUUGCUUAAUUACUAAAAUUGCAUAACAUUUUUGUGCAAAUGAUAGAGGAGUCAUUUUUUGGGGAAUGGAUUAAAAUCUGCUUGCUGAUGACUGAUGCCUUGUAGCCUUAAACUGCCAUUUUGAUAUGAAUGCCUUAUUAAUAAUGGCAUGCUUGUCAUUAAAUGCCAUUUUUCUUUGCCAUCUGAUGGCAUGCUUUUUUUAAAUGACAUUUUACUUUACCCUGUGAAGGUGUAUUUCUGAAAUGAGUACAUUCUGUUUGCUGUCUAUGAAAAAGGACUACAUGCUUCUCUACUGGUUUAAAUGGUUUCAGGCCAAGCAUGUCUGUUUUUUAUGGUGAUAUAUUGAAUUUAAAAGGGUAUGUGAUGGAAUUGUCACCAUUGUCAAGAGGUUUUGAAUCCUAAAGUGCAUUCAUUAUGAUACUGUGAGAAGUCAUAUUGGCACUGUGACAGAAAUUAAUCACCUUGGGCAGUAGAUUCUCAGGAGUGAUUUGGAAGUUUGAAAGUUUCAUUGUAACAGUUUUACAUUUCGGGGAAGGAGCUUGACAUUUUUUCAUCACAUGCAAUAGCGUGUUACUAGCUUUCUGACCGACUUAUUUGUACUUACCAGCUCUUGGGUUUCAUUUUGGCCCAGCUAAUUAGCACUUCACACAUAAGAAAAGAACCGUACUGAUGUUAGUGUUUCCUUGCACCUACCUGGUUCUGUUCCUUUGCAGUGAAAUGUAGCUGUUUUUUGGGAACAUGAUUGUCUACAGAUUUCCAAUCACCAUAUAAUUGCAUUUCAGUUGCCACCCCGUUCCUCCAAACACACACAACAAGCAUUUCAUUCUGAUGGUUGAAGGAAGUCCUUAGGAUAACAUUAGCAAGUGUUAAGCUAUUAAUACCUUUUGGGCUCCAGGAAGUAUGUUAAAUGUUUCAUUUCUGUAUUACACUUUACUGGAGAGCUUGUGCCACUUCUCAUUUGGAAGGAUUAACAUUGUAAAUCAGUAGAAUUUUUAAUAAAAUAUAAACUUUU